AUGAAGAUCGUCACCCAGGAAGAAAUCGACGGCCACACCAAUGCUACCAUCCGCGGUGCAGCAGAAGGCGUACUCUUAAGCGCAGCCGUUGCUAUCCCCGGUACAAUACUGCUCUCCCGCAGAUGGGCAUCCUUUCGAGCACUCCCUCUGCCCUUGAAGGUCAUGGGCACUGUCAUAGUGGUCGCGCCUUGCUUAUCCAUCCAGGCUGAAAGGCGCGGUCUAGAGUACGAUCGUGCGCACUGGACCGGCGCAGGUAAAAUGGAACUAGACAGAGAAGCAGCAGAGGCAGAAGCACAAUGGCAAGCUCUGAGCACAAAAGAAAAAAUCGGAGACUGGGCAUCACGACACCAGUACAGUAUCAUUCUUGGAAGCUGGGCUCUGUCAAUGGCAGUCGCUGGCAGCAUCAUUGCAAAAGAUAGACAUCAGACGUUACCCCAAAAGAUCGUUCAAGUGCGUAUGUGGGCACAAGGCUUGACUAUUGGCGUCUUGAUCGGCGCCGGUAUCCUCACGCACAAUCAGCGUCAGGCCGCCCUCGAGCGCCGACCGGUUGACCACUCAUGGCGAGCCCUGAUCGCAGAACAAGCCAGGGAGAAGGAGGAAAGAAGGGUGCAGUUGAGCACUCCCAGUCUCUCCCCUUCGUAG